AUGUCUACCUCUGCAGCUUCUCUUGCACUCCCCACUCUUACUCUCCGAACCCGCCACCCUCUCUCUUCGCCCCAAUGCUUCUCCUCCUCCCUCUCCCUCAUCCCUAACGCCAAACCCAUCUCCAUUUCCACCGUUUUCCUCAAACCCACCUUCUCCCUCUCCUCGCGCUUCCUUCCCCGCGUCGCUGUCUCUUCCGAGUUCGACCAGGAAGAGGACACCUUCAGCGACGGAGACGGCGACGGCCGCGGCAGGUUCUCCCCCGACCUUAAGCUCUUUGUCGGCAACCUUCCGUUCAGCGUCGACAGUGCGCAGCUCGCCGAGCUCUUCGAAAGCGCUGGGAAUGUGGAGAUGGUUGAGGUGAUUUAUGAUAAGACUACUGGGAGAAGCAGGGGUUUUGGGUUUGUGACCAUGUCUUCGGUUGAGGAGGUUGAAGCGGCUGCUCAGCAGUUCAAUGGCUAUGAACUUGAUGGAAGGGCCUUGAAAGUGAAUGCUGGACCACCCCCUGCUCGCAACGACAGUUCAUCUCGUUUUAGAAGUUCUUCCAGAGGAGGAGGUGGUGGUGGUGGUGGUUUUUCAGAUAGUGAUAACAGAGUACAUGUAGGUAAUCUUGCUUGGGGUGUUGACAAUGUAACACUCGAGACAUUGUUUCGGGAACAAGGAAAGGUCUUGGAAGCUAGGGUAGUCUACGAUAGGGACAGUGGACGAUCAAGAGGCUUUGGGUUUGUGACUUAUAGUAGUGCUGAAGAGGUCAGCAGUGCAAUUCAGUCCUUGGAUGGUGUGGACUUGAAUGGUAGAGCUAUACGAGUCUCGCUAGCAGAUUCGAAGCCCAAGCGGUUUUGA